AUGUCUGUCCCGUUGGACCUCAAUAACGCAAGCAGACCAAAGAUAGUGAUUCAGCCUCGAACCGUCGAGCGCGCGGCUCGAUUGCAACGUAAAUCACUUGCAUCACUAGCACGCCCAGCCGUACCGGCGCCAUCAUCUAUCACUGCGAAUCCUAUGAAGCGAUCCGCUAUUCAAUCUACAGAGAAACGCAUCACCAACGAAUCAGCGGAAGAAACCACCCCAAGACAUGGAGAAGAGGCUACAGGCGUUUCGGGAGAUAUCAGGGGAUCGGGGCGAUGGCACAAGGUGGCGUCUACCUCUCCACUCAGCGGGCCACCGAUUAGUCGCAACUCCGAUCAGCCUCCUCCCCCUCGUGAACAACCCCCAUGCGUCGAGUGCUCAAAACGGGAUCCAUCCGCACCGAAAUGCAAUUUCUGCAAGUUGCUCUGCUUGAUGGACAAAUUUUGUGAUAUCGUAGAUAGGUUUGAACGUGCUUAUAAUGCUGCACCACGAUAA